AUGUGGCGUAACAAUGGCGGGGUAGCGCAGCGUUAUCUGCCUUCACACGUGCGCCACAAUCAAGCACCAAUGAUCCCUGUUUGGGUUCCGUUUGCGAAACAACAGAAAAUUGGCAACGCGAUGUGCGUUUGCCCUCGCUUCAAACUUGACCAAUCCUAUCUAUUCAUCUCCCAAGCGUAUGAGAUUCCUUACCAUGACAGGAGUGAGCUACUGCUGGAUCAAAAGAGUACUAUCCUUCCAUGGUCUGAGAGUUGGCGCCGUCGUCUAACCCGUUUUGCCGUUCGUCAAGAACGUGGAAAGUGUGAUGUCAUGGAGGAGGCUCUGAUUUACUCCAAAUCUCGUAUGAGUGCCGGACAACAGCGUCGAAACGCUCUACGUAAUCGAGGAAUCGUUCCGACGAUUCUCGGUCAAUCUCUACCACCGAUGGAGACGCAACCACGCACUCCACGGCACUACUAUCAACAAGACUCGCAUUACUUCCCAGUGAAUCCAGUUCCUCAAUCCAUGGCACAACCAUCUUGGAACCAACACCAAUAUCGAUCCAUGCGUCAUGCUGAACUACCGCCGCUCUCACAACAUCCGUUAUCAUAA